AACAAGCCAAACUCAACAUCAUCAACAAUGGCAGCUGUUAGAUUGCUAAGAAUGUCUAGACCAGUGGGUCUUGGUACAUCCUCAUCUUUCUCAAAUCCGAGUAAUCCCUCAAUGUCAUCGACGACGAUGAAACUGAUGUGUCUGAACAAGGUGGGUUUCACUGGAGAGAGAAAUGGGGACGGACAGAAGAAACCGAUGGUGGCGGUAAAGGCACCGGCGGCUGUUUCUGAGAGGGUGGUGGUGAUAACCUCGGAACCUCGGACGGGUGGAGGAGUAGUAGAUCUGACGUUACUGUUGGCAAAUGUUAAAGCUUUGGUGCUGCAUAGCUUCAAGGUGGUUACGAAACGAAGGCCAUGGAAGUUACUUGUUCAGAUGUUCAUUGAAAAGGUUAUAAUUGACUGCCGAUUCUUUACAAUGUUGGCAGUUGCAGGAUCCUUGCUUGGUUCAGUUUUGUGCUUUGUAGAGGGUUCUUUUAUGAUUGUAGAGUCAUAUUUGCAGUAUUUCCAUGCACUUUCAGAAAGAUCAGAUCAAGCACAUGUGAUACAGCUACUAAUUGAAUCCAUAGAUAUGUUUCUGGUAGGAACUGCAAUGCUUGUUUUUGGGAUGGCAUUGCAUGUCAUGUUUGUGGGAUCGAAAGGAAAAGGGUCUCAGCUUCCAGGGUCAAAUUUGUUUGGGCUUUUCUAUCUCAAGGCACUGCCAUCAUGGGUAGGAACCCAGUCAGUUAUGCAAGCCAAGUCAAACAUUGGGCAAGCUAUGAUGAUGAUACUUCAAGUAGGGAUGUUGGAGAAAUUCAAGAGUAUACCUUUGGUUACUGGGUUGGAUCUUGCUUGUUUUGCUGGAGCUGUCUUUGUUUCCUCAGCUUGUAUCUUUCUUCUCUCCAGACUUUCUACUGGUGACACUACCAGCAGAUAGGUAGCCAAGGGAUAUCAAAGUUCUCUGCUGCAUAUGUUACUAACACACAAGAGAAGCAAAACCUAGUCAGACCAAUAUUUGUUAAUAGCUUGGAUGUGGACUACACUGCCCAAAAGGCCAAAGCAAAGAGAUCACACUUGUAACAACAGAGCAAGAACAAACAAGGCAUAGAUAAAAGUACAUAAUACUAGCUAGACAUUGUUUCCUUCUUAGGUAGUUUGUUCUUUGGUAUUUUUUCUUCCCUUCGAUUAUUAUAUAUACAUUGUUCUAUUUUUUUUCCUUCCAUAUUGUUUUGGAGUUAUAUGAGAUAUAAUAUGGAAGCCAAGAUUGACGUAACGAAC